AUGGAAUUUGGACCGCGUGGGCAUGCUUCGGCAAAGCGAAAGGAUGAAACCGAAGUUUCUGCAGCCAAAAGAUCCAAGGUUUGCACCGGUGCUUUUGCAAGGCUUCAUCCUUGUGGCAUACCCCUGAAAGAGGAGAGCGAUGGCGAGGCGGAGACAGUGCAAGACACAGAGGACAUAGACACUUGGGCUGAACUCUACUUUUUUGGGGCACAUCAAGACCACCAGGUUCACUUUGUUCAGGUUCAAAGUGUGCAAUUUUCUGGCCAAGACAAAGGCAUGGUUUUCCUGUCAAAACCAGAGCGCGAAAAGCUUGUAACGAUGCCAGAUUGUCUCCUGAGUGAAAUUGGUCUGAGAUUUCCUCAUGAUCUUGGCCUCAAGGCACGCGUGAUUCAUUUCUUCGAACGGUAUACUCAGCAGAACCAGCAUCGGGACCACUAUGUUCAGACAAGGAACUUUUCAGAUGGUCGAGGCACAUGGUACAGAUCAGAACUGGUCACCCCAUCCCUCGACGGUCGGGUGUUUGUAGGCCAAAACCAAACUUCGCGGGGCAAGGCAGAAGAGUCAGCGUACCAAGCAUUCUUCCAGGAUCCACAAGUGAUUACAAUUACCGAAUGGAUUCCGCCUCCCGCCAGGAAAGUGCGGAGAUGGGUCAAUUGUCAACUGCGUGGUUGGAAAGGCGAUCUCAUCGCACGAGAUAUCAACGUGUCACUUGUGGUGGAAGAGGCCAAACAGGAGCUGUUCUCACAGUUGCGCGAUGGGGGCUGCAGGCUCGCCCAAUGGGAUGGCAAUGCUUGA